UAGUUGCCACAGAAAAUAUCUGCUUACAAGUCUAAUUCAUAGAAGAUGCAGCUGGACGUCAUGCAGCGAACUGCCCUGUGACAUGCUAAUCUUUUACUGUACGUGGAAAAAUCAUACUACUAAACACAUAAUACUCUCCAGCACCAACACGCUAUUUGUAGUUGGUGAAAGAUGUGUGAGCUCAUGUUCACACUAAAGGAAACAUCAUUAUUCAUCGACCACAAACAGACACUGUUGAGGAUGUGGAGACAAACGUAGAUGAUCACUCAGUUCCUGUUCAGCCUCGAUAAGCUGAGGUCAGACAUUAUUCUGUCAGUCACUUCAGUCUGCGUGAAGAUGAGCGCGAUUAUCUGCAGCUGCCUGUUAGCGUUUGCUCUGAGCUGUAAAGUCACUGCAGCAAUAAAUCAUGAAGUAGUCGAGGAGAAGAGCUCGGUCAUUCUGCGAUGUCCUCACCCUGUGGAGGGUAAAGUGACGUGGAGCAGAGAGAUUAAUGGAAACAAAGUUGACAUAUUUACAGUUGAUGGUGACAGAGAGAUAAGACACAAUGACCCAGGCAGACGAUACAGUUCAUGGGUAGAUAAGUCACUUCACAUUCUCAGAGCUGCUGUAUCAGACGCUGGAAGAUACUUCUGUAAUAAUGAACCAGCUGUGGAUCUGACGGUGCUCCCACCAGGGACAGUCAGACUCACGGCUGCAGAGAGGACCAACGUCACUCUGAAAUGCCCUCCUGAUGUUGGAGGAUCAGCUGUUCCAACAUGGAGCAGAAACUCCAGUGUAAUACGGCAAAAAGGACGUUUUAAUGUUUCACCAGUUGACAAGACGCUGACUAUAACAGACCUGCGGCCUAAAGACUCUGGACUUUACUACUGUGAUGGAAAACCAGCUGCGUAUCUGACUGUGACCAAAGGUAACAAGGCACCACCCAAACCAACCUCAACAACAAGACCAACAACAACAACAUCAACACCAGCAACUACAACAAGACAAACAUCAACACCAACAGAGCCUCGUCCAGCAGCAGCAACAGCACCAUCAACACCACCUGCAAACACUGAUACAACAAAAGAAAAAGCGGCUCCUUACCUGUGGCCGUCUGUUCGUAUGGGGAUUGGGAUACUCUGUUUAAUCAUCAUGACCAGCAUCACUGUCACUACCUGGAGAAAAAGCUCGACAGAAACAGAAAAUGAUCUGUGAUCCUCCAUCACACAGAAACGAGAGGGGUAACAACUGAACCGUCUUCAGCGUCCAUCCUCAUACAGGGCGACAGUCUUUCAGCGUUCAACCCAGUACUAUUAAACAGUACUUCAUAGACGUGCAGGAGUCAUACUAGUUUGUCACCUUUUAAAAUAGCUUUGGCUUUUAUACUUCCUUUGUACUGUGUACUCAGGGGCGGACGUGUAAAUGGAGGGGCGGAGAUGUAAAUAUGAGGGGGGAAUAAAGUAGGAGGAAAGAGAAAUGAGUGUUUGCCGAAACAAGAGGAAUGUAGAAGAAUAGAAAUGUUGGCACAAGAAGCAGCUAAAUGCACAUUUUCUGUGGUGGAAAGGUUGCAGUGGCAGGACCCAGCAGCAGCAGGGACAUGUGCACGAUUAGUAUGCAUUAAGCAUUUAUGUAUAGGCAAAUAUAUUGUAUAUUUUUAUAUUCUCGUGCAUAUGUAGCUGUACAAUCAGAGGCAGGGUCCAGCGGGGGAAGCUGAGCCAGGGAGAGGCCUAUUCAGAGCUUAAGUGUUCCUGCUCAGGCUAGCUUGACCCGGUCUUGUUCAGUGCAGGGGUGACUUGCUCAUACUAACGUAGGAGGCAGGUGUCAAUUUCAAUUUUCUUGAAGGUCUUCAGCAUAAUCUGAUUCUCUUUUUACCACAAAAACAUUGUUAGUGUUAAAUAACUGCAAAAAAAUAAAAAUAAGAGCCUAAAGGGCGCUCGCAUAAAAGGCCUCUCCGUCUUAAAGUCCAGGGCUGAAUUUCAGUCCCAGCACAUCCCUGAGUGUACUGCUUAGCUGCUAAUGUUAGCAUUUCGAAUUUUAACCACAGUGUGAACACAAUUAGGUAAUUACAAUAUUUUGUGUGGUUAUGUUACAAACAUCCCUGUUCAGGACUGAAGACUCUGCUGCUGAGAUCCUUAACUUUUGUAAAAGUGAAACAUUUGUGAACAUGUAAUAAAACAUAAAUGUGA